AUGCCAGUGACACUCCAAGUCGCCAGACAUGGUUCAAAGCCCGUCGGUCAAUACGUGAAAACAGAGCACGCGGGCGCGCAAGAUGUGCUCCACAAGCUCAUCAACUCACCCGCCAAGCCUCAGGGACGAGGCGAGACUGGCCCGAUUCUUGUCGCCGUCUUGGGCCAGCAGACAUCCUUUACCGAUGAUAAGUUAAAGGAGACACCCGCCCAGCCUCAGGGACGAGGCGAGACCGGCCCGAUUCUUGUCACCGGCUUGGGCCAGCAGACAUCCUUUACCGAUGAAAAAUUAAAGGAGAUGAGCUUCAGCGUUCAGGACCACGGCCUGAUCCGCGCCGCCUACUACGCAUACUCCUACCAUCACAACCUGGUCCUGCGGCCCGAGGAUAUCUGGUUUGCCAUCUUGACCCAGUUCAGCUUCUACGUCAAUGCAAACUCGGAGAAGCUUCGCUCGUCCUUUGUUGCCCAUGAGGGGAAGAAGGGCCUGGUCCUCCGUGACCGGGCCCAAGCUGACAUGGGCCUCAUGUGCCGCAACAUGACCAAGCUCAUCGAUGAGAACAUUGUUGACGAGAAGCUGCGUGAAUGGAUCCUGCCGUCCUUCACAACCACCACCAUCAACGACGAGGUGGUCGCUGCCGUCAUCAUGAUGGGCACCCUCCAGAGGCACUUCCAGUACGUGUAUGAUUGUUCUCACUGCGGCAUCCCGCGGGUCACCUUGCUGGGCGAGCUGAGCGACUGGGAGGAUAUACAGCGACGCAUCGAGAAGCUGACCGAAUACGGCGAGGAGCCGAGUCGGUUUUGCGAAAUGCUUCGACCGAUCCUGCAGUACAUGAUUCUAUCCUUCAAGACGCCAGAAGACCGAGAGGUAGUGGACUUUUGGAGCCAGAUCAUCAGCCAUAUUUCGGGCAGCGGGAUGAACCAUUUAGACGGCUGGUUGGUCGUAUUCUGCUUCUGGGAUGAGAAGGGCAAGUGUCAGGUCAAGGAACCCCGAUAUCAUAGAUUAUUCGCGUCCCGCGGAACACCCGCGAGCAAGGCUCCUUAUAACUCGGUGAAUUUCAAUGAUGUGCCUUGCGGGUUUGUUUCGUGCCCUUUGACGUAUAUAUCUCCGGACAAGGAGGUCAUAAGCGUCAAAUUACUGGCCGGGCUCGCUGGAUUCGAGUUGAGCAAAUCCCUCUACGAAAGCCUCCCUACCGCUGAGGUUGAAAGCAAUACUGCGGCGAGCGAAGAAGAGAAUAAAAGCCAAAGCGGCGUCUCCGGUCUGUAUUCCAAGCUAAAGGCCACAGGCACGGCAGGAGAAAAGCUUCAUCAAAGCACACAAGGCAAAUCGCGGAUUUCCCUGAUCCACAAUGAGAAGGCAUCGCCUGAGGCAGACACUAUCCAGCCAGUCGCCGGGUGGUGGAUGUACAAGGACGCGGCUGGAGAAGACGACGGCAAGUCGCCCUCCCAGUUCUAUCAAGACAAGAUGGCGAAUGGCUGGGAUGGUCAGGUGAGCACAGGUUACGUCCAGAAGGACGGCAAGAUGAGAAUAAAGGAAGAACUACCCCGCGACAACAAACGUGUCAGACUCUAUGAAGGACCUCGUAUUGAAUAA